AUGAAGCAGCCAAACUACAACUCCCAAGAGUCACCACCAUCGCACUUCGGCAUAGAAGUGGAUGGUGUUUUUGUGGACCUGCCCUUCUCCCACCAGCACAAGUUCAAGGCCUACAUCAGUGGUGUUCAUGGUUUCAUCAAGACCGACUUCGACCUGAGAGUGAGCUUCGACUGGUACAGCUAUGCCAGGGUCAUCAUACCCAAUACGUACGCCAACGCUGUCUGCGGCCUCUGUGGCAAUGCCAAUCAGGACCCCAGCGACGAUCUGACCAUGAAGAAUGGAACUCAGACAUCUGAUGAGAUUCAGUUUGCCGACAGCUGGAAGGUUGGUGACGUCCCGGGGUGCUCGGACAGCUGCACCGGGGACUGCUCAGUCUGUAGUGAGUCUCAGAAACAAACCUACAAGGGAGACCAGUACUGUGGGGUCCUCAUCCGACAGAACGGGCCAUUCAGACAGUGCCACGUGGCCAUCGACCCAGUCCCCUUCUUUGAUGAUUGUGUCUUUGACACCUGCCAGUACAAGGGUCAUCGUGAUACUUUGUGCAGCGCAAUCAGUGCCUAUGUGACAGCCUGCCAGGCCAGGGACAUCCGGAUAGGGCAGUGGAGAUCGGCCUCAUUCUGCAGUCUCACCUGUCCCCGGAACUCUCACUACGAGUUCUGUGGGAGCAGCUGUCCUGCCACCUGCCACAGACCCUCGGCUCCAGACAGAUGCGAGGAGCCCUGUGUGGAAGGGUGUUUCUGCGAUGCUGGAUUCAUCCUCAGCGGAGACCGGUGCAUCCCCAUCACUCAGUGUGGCUGUAUGCACGAGGGCAGGUACUACCAGAAGGGAGAGGAGUUCUACACCAGCGCCUCCUGCCAGGAGCGGUGCCGGUGCCAAGGCAACGGGGUCGUCGAGUGCCAGGCAGCCUCCUGCGGAGCCAAUGAGGAGUGCAGGGUGGAGAACGGAGUCCUGGGCUGCCACUCCAUGGAGUAUGGAACCUGCGUAGUCUCCGGUGACCCUCACUGCUUCUCAUUUGAUGGAUGGGCCUUCGACAUCCAGGGCUCCUGCGCUUACACCUUAGCCAAGGUCUGCAGCAGUGACCCCCGGCUGGUGGAAUUCUCCAUGGUGGUUGAGAACGAGAGCGCUGGUGGUGGCCGUGUGGCUCAGACGCGGGCGGUGGUGGUCUCUGUGCAUGGUUACACCAUCUCUCUGGAGAGGGGAAGGAAGUGGAAGGUGGCGGUGGGUGGAGAGCUCUACACCCUCCCACUGACAAUGGACAACGGGAAACUUCGGAUCAACCAGGAAGGGAACAACAUCAUUGUCCAGUCUGCCUCUGGCCUCCAAGUCUUUUAUGACACUGCCUCCUACCUCGUAGUGUCCAUCCCCAGCACCUACAAGGGACACAUGUGCGGCUUGUGCGGCAAUUUCAAUGGUGACAAAAACGAUGACUCCCUGUUGCCCAAUGGAAAGAGCACCCAAAGUUUGAGCGAGUUUGUCAUUUCCUGGAAGGUGCCUGUUGAUGGUGCCAUGUGCUCCGAUGGCUGCGGUGAGAGAUGUCCCAUCUGUGAUGGGGCCCAGACAGCACCGUACCAGUCCGAGAGCUCCUGUGGGCUGAUCAGAGCCACCUCAGGUCCCUUCAGAGAUUGUCACUCACUGGUCAGCCCUGCCACGUACUUCAACCACUGUCUCCACGACAUGUGUGCUACCAACGGGACAGGAGAGACCCUCUGCCAGAGCCUCCAGGCCUAUGCGGCCGCAUGCCAGACAACUGGGGCCAAGAUCAGAGCCUGGAGAACAGCCUCCUUCUGCCCCCUUGCCUGCCCACUCAACAGCCACUAUGAGCUGUGCACCACCUCCUGCGAUUUCACCUGUGCUGGCUUGUCUGCCCCUGCUCAGUGCACCCAGAAAUGCUUUGAAGGCUGCCAGUGCAACACUGGCUACAUGUUCGAUGGGGAGGGGUGCGUGUCCAUGGACAGGUGCGGCUGCAUGCACGAUGGACGCUACAUCAAGUCCAGGGAGAAUGUCAUCUCCAGUGACUGCUCAGAGAAAUGCACUUGCCACCCAUCAGGUGGGCUCAUCUGUGAGAAAAACAGCUGCGCCACUGGCGAGAUCUGCGUGCUCAGGGAUGGGAUGCAUGGAUGCGCGAAGCAGGAAGGCCGGUGCAUGGUCUCUCCGGGCGCUUACCUCACCACCUUUGAUGGUGCCAAGGGGAAACUCCUCUACAGUGGGACGUACAAAGUGGCCUCGCUCUGUGACGAGAGCUCUCCUGCCUGGUUCAAGGUGGUGGUAGACAUCAGCAGUUGCACCAAUGACGGAAUACCAGCUUGUGCGGCCAUCUUUGUUUUUUUCCGAGAAGCUCUUAUCACAGUGAACAAUAACAUGGAGACCUGGGUGAAUGGGCGCUCAGUGCAGCUCCCGGCAAAAGUCUCCAAUGCUGUGUCUGUGAUCAAGUCUCAGGGCGGCGUGGCCGUGGUCCAGGCCUCGGGGAUGCAAGUUCUGUUCAGUCCCAGUGGGGAGGUGACGCUGAGGGUGGACAAGAGCCUGGCUAACAAGCUGUGCGCACCCUGUGGGAACUUCAACGGCGACGUCUCCGAUGACCUGCGGCUGCCCAGCGGGAAAAUCGUGGGGAGCAUCGCCGAGGUCAUUGACGCCUGGAAGGCCAGGGACUUUUUAGGAUGCCACGCUUCUAACAUGGUGCGAACUGACCUGGAAGCUCCGUUGGUCCUUGCACAUUAGACGGCGCCAGCGUGGGUUUGGCCCAGGAAUUCUCACUACACAGAGUGCUGGAGGCAGCUGGGACUCACCAGGCCAUGUGUGUGGCUGAAACCCUGGGCUGAUGUGUCCAGAGCUGUGUGAGGGAAUUGGGUGCACCACGUUCCCAGCUUUGGAUAUCUCAGCCUACACACACACACACACACACACACACACGCAUUGUAUAGAGCUCUCUACUGUCAGGGUUGCAUUAUCAAAAGCAUCCAAAGGAAUUAGGCACUAGAGCUGGUUGAAAUUUUUUGGCCAAAACUGCAGAAUUGGUGACAUUAAAACGUUCCACAAAUUUGUGUCGAUUUUUGCCAAAUUGCUCAUUAAGAAAAAAAUCU